AUGAAUAACUUCCAACUCUUUGACAGCAGCCUCAUUCUUUAACAACAACUUCUUAUCUAACAGAUGUUUAUUUACAAUCAAAUGCUUGCUUAAAAGUAAUAUAUUGCCUCUAACCUUUACUUUAGAACUAAAAUGAUAUCCAAACCUUUACAAGAACCUUUAAGAUAAAAAGCAACUGAUGAAAAUGAAUCCUCUUCUCCAUCAAUUUCAAAAUUAGAAGAAACUCAUUAAGUUAAACCUAUGUCCUUAAAAUCAAACAAAAAAUUAGAAAAAUUAACUCAAAUCAAGAAGCCCAAGAGAUUAGAUGAUAAUAAUGUUGAGAAUAAAGAACCUUCUUAAAAGAAAAAAAUAUUUUUAUCAAUGCUUGAUAUCAAAGAAGCACAAUAUAAAAAGUAUUUCAAUCAUUUAUCAAUUUAGAUUCAAAGUUAUCGAGAUAGAUCAACAAAAGAAGGCUGUAAUUUCUUCUCAAGAUGAACAAUGA